AUGUCAGUGGAGAAAGUUGUCAUGGACCAAGGUUUUGUCCCUUCGCUGACCAGGCCGUACAAAAGGCAGGGCGGCGCGCGCGGGUGGCGGACGGGACUGGUGCUCCUGGCGGGAGGCUGUCUGGGCGGGGUGCUGGUGUGCGCCGUCCUCAUGCCGCUGGUCUACGUCACCAUGUCAGACCUGCAGCUGGAGGUGACCGAGCUCAGGAAACUCGUGGUCACCCGUUCUCAACCGACUGUCUCACCUGGUACGGAGGACCGACAGAACGACACUGCUACGGGCGGGGCACAUAGAGAGCGGAGACGGCCGGACGACCCGCCGCCGCCGUCCAUCGGGAACGUGUACGUGCGGUGGGGAAGGGACGACUGUGGUGAAAAUGCCAAGAAUAUCUAUGCCGGUGUUGUGGGAAGUGGAUAUUGGGAGCACCCGGGAGGGGGAAGUGACUUCCAGUGCCUGCCCCUAGAAGAUGUGGAGUGGGACAACCCAGUGGCCGGUUAUCAGCAUGACAGCUACAUGUACGGGGCUGAGUACCAGCGUGGUGCUGGAUACUUCUCCACCGACAACAUGGGGCACAUCACCAACCCUCUUAACUACGACGUCCCCUGCUCGGUGUGUCUCGUGUCCGGUCGGUCUGCACACGUCAUGAUCCCCGCCCGCCUGUCCUGUCCUCGGGGGUGGAGUAAGGAGUACAGCGGCUACCUGAUGUCGGAACACUACUCCCACAACAGCAACAAGAACUUCAUCUGUGUGGACGGAGCUCCCCAACUCAGGGAAGGAUCAUCUGCUAACUUUGAUGGAGCCCUGCUGCACCUGGUGGAGGCGAGGUGUGGCUCUCUUCCCUGUGGGCCCUACAUCGACGGCUACGAGCUGACCUGUGUGGUCUGUACCUUAUUGUAA